AUGCGUGAAAUUGUUACGCUGCAACUUGGCUCAUUAGCAAACCAUGUUGCCACUCACUUUUGGAACUCUCAAGAAGAAUACUUUAGUUACGGUGACAGCACGCAAAUCAAGACCGAGGAGAUAAAUCACGACGUUCUGUACAGACAGGGAGAGACAUCGUCUGGCGUCCUGACAUAUACACCAAGAACACUGAUUUACGAUCUCAAGGGCGGAUUUGGAUCCAUGCAAAAGUACAACAAGCUUUUCGGCGGUGUAGACACAGACGCACAACAAGUGCCUUGGGAACAAGGUAUCAAUCGUAUUGACAGACGCAUUACAAAGAACCAGUAUCAACAGCAGUUGGACCGCAUGGAGAUGGAACAUGUCGAUAUGGAUGCUGCUAUUCAACAGCUGGAUCAAACAGUCAACAAUUGGUCAGACUACAAUAGAAUCUACUACCAUCCACGAUCCGUCAACCCCAUUGUCACACACCAAAUGGACAAUGACAUUACGCCGUUCGACAAUUACACUAUUGGAAGACAAUCCUACCAAGACAAUGAGAAAGAAACAGACAUUUUUGAGGACAAUUUCAGGUUUUUCGUGGAAGAAUGUGAUCAUCUGCAAGGAUUCCAGAUCAUGACCGAUGUGGAUGAUGCGUUUGGUGGAUUUACAGAGGGAUUAUUGAACAGCAUUCGCGACGAAUUUGCAAAGACGCCCAUCAUGACUUAUGGUUUGAGUGAUUCUCAUGCGCAGUACAGAACAGAUCGCCACAAGCAAAAGAUCAUGCUGAACAGAGCAUUGAGCAUCACACGUCUGGCUGAUCUGUCGUCCAUCUACGUGCCUAUCUAUACACCAACACAGGCAUCCGUUCAAAAAUGUGGGUUAGCUCCUUUUAUACAGUUCAGCGAUUUGUCAAGAUACCAUACCAGCGCCAUCAUUGCAUCUGCCAUUGAAAGCAAUUCCUUGCCUUACAGACUGAAGUACAACCCAAUGACCAUGGCAGAUGCUGUCAGCAAGUUGAAUUGGGUGAGAAGCACAAGCUUGGCCUCGCUAUCCGUAUGUCUGCCUCUGCCUAUAUCCGAAAAGGGAUAUACAAACACAUUGGAAGACCAGCAGCAACUGAAGCCCACACUGCCCCUCUUGGAUCGCAUGUUAACACACAAUGCAAAGGAUGUAUAUGGUGAGGUUCUCGUUGCAAGAGGAUUGCCACCCAACAUGCGGCAGCAAACCGAGUAUUUGGAAAAGCUCUACUCGACUUUCAAAGAUAGCAAUGAUCCCCUCCAGGCACGAUUUAGUCUCGAUUGCGCAUUCCCUCUCUCAGAAACAUAUCCUCGUAUCUUUACAUCGCGAGUGAAUCAAGACGGCUUCAUCACAGACGGAGCAACUGUGGAACCCGCACAGUCUGUACCCGUAUUUACACAAUUUGAAUCUGGAUCUCUAUUGAAGGAAACAGUGGAUCACCAUUUAAGCAACCUGAACAAGAUUGCAUUCAAAGACUUUUUUGAAUACAGAAGCGCUGAUCUCUUUAUCGGAUAA